AGGCUCGCUCAUUUGAAUGUAUGGAUUUGUUGCUUAAGGUACUUGUCUUGUCUAAUUAUGUGUUUCAACAUUCAGUGGGAAGUUGUAUCUGUUUAUAUUCACCGGAGUAGGAAUGUAAGUUGAUGGUGCAGGCGAUCUUCACUGGAAAGUUGUAUCUGUUUAUAUUCACCGGAGUAGGAAUGUUUGAGUUAUAUAAAUCAAGUUUCUGUGUUUACCACGAUUCUACUGAAUUUUGAUGUCUGCUGUAACUUUCCCCUGCCUGAGAUGCUUGGUGUGUGGAGAUCUGAGAUCAUUACAAGAGACUGAAGCCGCCUUUAUUCUUUCACCGUUUUCUAGGGAAAGGAUCAUUCUGUGUAAAUUGGGAAAAAUGUGGAAGGACGUAGGAACUCCAGCCGAUUCUUACUAUCAAGUGCGACCUGACUGCACUGAUGUACCCGAAAGAAAGUUUAGAAUCAAGGGUGUUCACCCAUCAAUUAGUGGUGAAGUUUGGGAAUUCUUACUGGGAUGUUACGAUCCUAGCAGCACUUUUGAGGAAAGAGAGCAAAUACGACAGCGUCGAAGUUCGUCGCGCCUCGAUCUGCCGCUCUCUCGUCCGCCUUUCCCAGAAGGAGUCCACCUCCACCUGGUCCUCCGCCUCCGUGGUGGCGCGAAGAAGAAGCUCGGCUGAGGUGCAGUAACGAAGCCCUCAAGAAGAUAUGGAAGAGAAAAGAAGGGCUCAGGUGCACUUUAAGCUACCUCAUACGAUUGCCUAUCUUGGUGCCUAUUUUUUUAGUUUGUCACUUUAAUAAUUCUGAAGGUAGCGGUCAUUCUUCAUUUUUCACUAAAUCUCUAUUGCAGAUUACUUUCAUGAGGAAGAAGGAUUUCAGGAAAGAGCAACUAGUUCUUGAGGACUUAGUGCUAGAAUACAUAGUAUGAUAGAUUUUUGUUUUAGCUAUAAGAUAGUUGGUACUUUCAAUUUUGAAUCGAAUAUGCAAUGAUGAUGUAUACUUGAUACUUGGUUCAUUUGGAUGGUAAUGUAUGAAUAUUUUGGAUGAUAUAUAAAAUUGUUAUUGUUGAUUUUA